GUGGUGUGAUGGGGAGGAGGAGGAGUGAACAUGUUUGGAGGCGGUGCAGCCCUGAGAGUCUUUGCGCACAGACGUUUCUUGCGCUCCCGGCUGCCGGGUUGACCCACCGGUUGAGUCCCGUUCAGGAUCUUUAACCAGCUGGCAACAGAAUUUUAGUUAUUCCGGAACGCGCUGCGAUGUCACGUGAACCUCCGCGUCUGCACCUGCACGCCAACUGGUGCGCUUUUACGCAAAGAGCCACAAACUUCAGUGACAAGAAGACAAAAGGCUGUUGAAACUGGAUUUGUUGCAAUGUGAACACAACUGCUUCAGAUCCAAAUUCCACAUAGAGCUUCUGUGUUUCACCCCUCCGCUUCUCUCCUCGGAAGGUCCCGAUGCUGGCAUGGCUCCUGGCCGCUUGCUUUGUGGUCCUGGUGAUUUUAAUCUAUCCAGGCUCCAAAUAUUUUGGCACCGAGACCCAGGCGCAUGCUUUUCUGCAAGGACUGUGGAUUUCAGAGGACAGGACCGGGAGGUGGGUCUCAGACCCGCAGGAGAGCCACGGCGUGCGCACCGCGACCGAUGACAAAAGGCGCACGGUGGCGUUUAUCUGCAAACCGUCUGCGCUGGCCAACUACCUUCUGAAAUACUGCUGCAGCUUCACCACCUACUCACCGUGGGUGGGGUGGGCGUGGGGGGCCGCCAGCUUCUUUCAGACCGUGUUCGAGAUGUGUUGGCCUUACGACAGUCCGGUGCAGUUCGUGCGGGACAAUCUACAGCUGAGUGAUGACGGGCUGGUAGCUUUGGACUGGGCUCUGCCAAAACACCAGAAGAGACACAGAACCUCCAGCUCCUCCUGCAGCCCCGUGCUCCUCAUCAUCCCCAACUCUUUUGGAAAGAUCACCAGAAACGUGUUAAAGUUGUGUGAGACGGCGCUAUCUCAUGGCUACCUUCCAGCUAUUUUCAACCGCCGCAGCCACAAUGGCACCCCUCUCACCACCGUCAAAUUGCAGCAGUUUGGUGAUCCUGCAGACCUGCGAGAGGCCGUGCGCUACAUUCGUUACCGGCAGCCUGCAGGAAGACUGUACGCGGUGAGCGAGAGCACUGGGUCAGGACUUCUCCUGUCUUACUUGGGAGAGUGUGGCUCAUCGAGCUACAUGACAGCAGCUGUCUGUCUGUCGCCCGUGUUCCGCUGUCAGAGCUGGUUCGAGAAAGGUCUGUGCUGGCCCCUUCAGUGGCUGCUGGUGCUCUACCAGAAGAUGUGCCUCAGCAGGUACAGGACGGCGCUGGCUGAGGCCAUACAGACAGACACCCUGUUUUCCAGUUCUUCCUUGCGUAACUUGGAAGAGGCGCUGUUCUGUCAAAGUGAACCUGAAGGAUGUGCACCGGCUACAGGUAGCAGCAUCACAUCAUGUGCCUGGGAUUCUUACUGGGAACACAACGAGCCCUUAAGAGAUGUGGAUGAAGUAGCUAUUCCUGUUCUGUGCGUGUGUGCUCGGGAUGACCCUGUCCGCGGGGAUACCCACGCCACUUUACCGUUAGAACUCUUUGAAACUAACCCACAUUUUUUUCUUCUGUUGACUGACCGUGGAGGUCACUGUGGAUUCUCCACACAGUCCACCGGCAGGGCUGCUGGUGCCUUCGGUUCUAUAGCUGCACCAAACACCAUAACUGGGAGUAACUGGAGCCACAGAGCUUUGCUGGAAUUCUUCAAAGCGACCACAGACUUCUUUGCGGCAGAGGAGAGAGCCGAACAGCUUGCUGCAAGGAGGCGGGGGUUGAGGGGAGGAACAGGAGGGAGGCUUUUCCGACAUCAGAGCAUCAGUACUUGUAAAAGAGCGCCAGCGUGCUCCCAUAAUAUCCACGCCAUUUACAACUGGCAGAGGUCGUAUACACGGUGAGGGACACUCGCAGAGGCUAAUGGAUGAGGUUGUCUGCCUGUGUCAACACUUAGAAGCUGUUUGGAUGACCAAGGCCAGUCAUUAUUUCUGCACUAGUGAUUUUGUUUGGUUUAGAGUGUGUUACCUUCACGCUCUUGAACUGAGUCACAACCACAGAUAUAAAGGCCCCUUCACACAUAACACAAAUGAGGCUGAAUGGCGCAUGAAGGAGGGUUCCAACGAUAGUCACACAAAUUCGAGCUGCGGUCGAAUGUGUUGUACAACAGUCUCACAGCAGUUGGCACAUCUGUACAGCGUCGUCGUCGUCAUCGUGUGCGCCCCCAAGGAGGUGGAAUGGCCAUCGUGUGUCAUAUUUCCCCCCGAGUAGUCUAAUGGCCAUCGAGUGUGUCAUGUGGACCCCGGAGCAGGUCGAAUGGCUAUCGUUUGUGUCGUGUCCCCCCCCCGAGUAGUGUAAUAGCCAUCGUGUGUGUCGUGUGGACCCCCGAGCAGGUUGAAUGGCUAUUGUUUGUGUCGUGUUGCCCCCCCCCGAGUAGUCUAAUGGCCAUCGUGUGUGUCGUUCGGCUCCCCCAAGCAGGUCGAAUGGUCAUCGUUUGUGUCGUCCUGCCCCCCGAGUAGUCUAAUGGCUAUUGUGUGUGUUGUGUGGACCCCCAAGCAGGUCGAAUGGCCAUUGAGUGUGUUGUGUGGACCCUCGAGCAGGUCAAAUGGCUAUUGUUUGUGUUGUGUUGCUCCCCCGAGUAGUAUAAUGGCCUUCAUGUGUGUCAUGCGGCCCCACCCAAGCAGGUCGAAUGGUCAUCGUGUGUGUCGUGCGCUCCCCCCCGAGUAGUAUAAUGACUAUCGUGUGUGACCCCUGAGCAGGUCGAAUGGCCAUUGAAUGUGUCAUGUUGCCCGUCCGAGUAGUAUAAUGGUCAUUGUGUGUGUCGUGCGGCCCCCCAAGCAGGUCGAAUGGUCAUCGUGUGUGUCGUGUGGACCCCCGAGCAGGUCGAAUGGCCAUUGAGUGUGUUGUGUAGACCCCUGAGCAGGUCGAAUGGUCUUCGUGUGUGUCGUGCCCCCCCGAGUAGUCUAAUGGCUAUCGUGUGUGUCGUGUGGACCCUCGAGCAGGUCGAAUGGCUAUUGUUUGUGUCAUGCUGCCCCCCCCUCCCCGAGUAGUCUAAUGGCCAUCGUGUGUGUCGUGUGGACCACUGAUUGACAUGAAUGGCAACUGACUUGACCAAAUACCACACAAAUGGCGCCCGACUUGGCCCGAUCCACUUGGGCCGGCUUUGUGCCACAUUCUGGGUAUUCGGGCGGCAGUUGCACACCAUUCGUUCACGCCUCCACGAAAUGUCUAUCCCUCCCAACUUUGGCUUAACUUUAUCAGGUUUGGCCCAUUCAGCCUGUUUGGCCCAACUUCAUGUUAUGUGUGAAGGGGCCUUAAAAAUGUCUUAAUGCUGAAUGUUUUCCACAAAACUCCAAAGCUGGGUACUGUGUAGUUUUGUGCACAAUAAAGGUGGCAGCAGACUUCAUCUGAUCACUUAGACUGGCAGCCCAGAGCGUAUUAGUUAAACGAACAAUAUUAGAGGACAGCAUCAAUUGGACAAUGACCAGACAUAUACAGAAAAAAAGCAUGUGCUGCACAUCACCCCCCUUCCCCCAGGAUCACAGAAAAAAGUUGCAAAAUCAGCAUUAGAAAGUACCACAUGCAACUUAUUUCAGAAGAAUAAAGACGCCCCACAGAGUACAGAACAGCUUGAAAUAGACUUUAGAUGAAUGAGCACGUCAGAGAGAACAGAACAGUCCCAGACAAACAAAUUACCCACUGCAUCAGGUCAACUGGGUUUAAUGAUCAUUUUGCUAAAUUUUACGGUCUCUCACUGCCAGUUUCAUGGAAUCCAGAUUGUUUAAACUGCAGUGCCUUGCAAAGGCGAACAAAAGUCCUCAGUGAAUCGACCAGUCCAGUGCAACCCCACAGAAAUAGGCUGUACUUACAUAUUGGUAUUCUAUUUGUUUGACUGAAAUGCCCUGGACUGCUGCUGUAACUGUCACAACAGGUUGGAAGCACUAUCUUAUGUUUACUUCUUUUGAUGGCACACACUCACACUCACAGUGGGAUGAACCAGCCUGGCCUGGCCAGCCAGAGAGGAUCAUUUGACAUGAUGGUAUCAGUAGAUAACUGACAGUUCUCUCAUCAUUGUGAUCCAUUUCUCAUUGUUGGUGUCUAAAGUACAUCCAAAGAAGACAUUUAACAGUUUGGCUGAUUGACUCCUCUAUGACACUUUAUUCCCUGACACUGGUGCAGUUGCUGAUGUGGUACAGGUGGAAAGUUUCAAAUUUUUUCAGCCUUGGCCCUCCACUCUUGUCACUUAAAACAAUAACUUUGGGAUUUUCUAAAUAAUCCAAACAGGGUGAAAUUUGUCACCACCUUUGUUUAAAUUUUUUCACUGCCAGCUAUCAAAAAUUAGAUUUAUUGACAUGCAGAUAUUUUGUUGUUUCACCAACUCAUUUGUUGCACCUUUUCCACAUGUACCAUGUUUAAAAAAAGAAGAAGAAAUAAAUAAGUACUGAGUGAACAAAGCUUUCUAUUAGCCAGUUUCACAAUAUGAUGUGCCACCUUUUGGUUGGUGGAGAAAAUAGGCAGAGCAUCAUGGGUAAUUUGCCGCUUUCAGAAACCCCAAAGUGGAUGAUGAUGACUGCAUUGAUGUGUGUUUACUGUGUACACAAAACAUAAACAACUCAUGGCUGUGAUUCCAACAAAUUAUUUAAAUUUUUAAUAAGUUCUGCGAUGGCUUUCAUUUGUGAAAUUUGUGAAUGUUAUUCCCAUUCAUCACACAUCUACUCUCUCCAUCAUUUGUGCAACCCACUAAUGUCAAUGUCAACAGUGGCGGUACGGUUUCUUGAGCGUGCGCUUGGAUGCACUAGAGCGCCGUUUCCUGGGUUCUGGUAGAAGUCAUUUUGUUUGGUUUUGUACACUUCAGCAUUUAUGUGUGGUUAGUUUUCUAUUUACAGAUGGACAGCGUGAUGGUUUCUCUUUUUGAAUUUUACACACAGCUGUUUUCUGGCGUUCCGUCACCACCGUGUCCCUUCUCUUCUCAUGUCAUGAGUUCAGGAUUGUACUUUCAGUUAUGCCUCAUUCAGGAUGUGUUCCUGUUCCCUGUAUGAACUGGUUAGACCUGACACUGAACUGUAAAUAAAGUUAUUGUUUGAACUGCA